AGGAAGAGGUAGGGCUCGUGCCAGGAGCAGCAACAGUUCUAACGUUGCCUUGCAGAAACAAUCUUCGGCAAGUGGGCGCAAUGAACGAAGACCAGGGCAAUGGUGAUGAAGCACGUUCGUCCAGCAAAGCGGCAGAGGAACCUGAGGGUAACAUAUUAAUCUCCGGAUGUAUAGUGCUCACCUGCCUUGUGACAAUUGUCUCCUUGGUGUCGCUGCUCUACUACAUAGAAGAUAGCGCUGGCAAGAUCAAGAGGCACGCCACCACGAGGACAUGCCUCACAACUGACUGCUACCAGAUGACUCAGCAACUGCACUUCGCGACGACAGAGGUCUACCCGUGCGCAGACUUCCUGAGCCAUGUGUGUGGUACAUGGGCGAAAUCUGCUGGAGUGGACUCCACCCUCGCAUCGGCUGUUGAAGAUGCCUUUCUCGCAGAGUUGGAGCAGAAGCUGAGAGUUUAUAGCGCAGAUAGGAAGAAACAGGAUAUCACGGAGAUGACUGCUAUAUUGUACCAGUCCUGCUUGGCCAUGGGAGAUUCGCACCCGUCUGAUAAGCUCAAGAAAGUCUUGGAAAAUUUUCGUUUGAAAAACUGGCCGAAUUUCGAUUACACAGACUCCGCUGACUUCGAUGUCUUCGCUGAGAUACUGAAAGCGGACCUGAUGUGGAACAUGAACAUAGUCUUUAAAGGGGAACGAAUCUAUCGCUUUGACAUCGGUAAGCCCAGAGUCUCCUUCCUUCCUAUAGUACUGGUAUGCCCUUACCGCGGCAACAAUGCGUCCCUGGAGCAAGGUUAUGCAGCCUACGUUGAAGAGAUUUUUCGUAUAUUUGGAUAUCAGAGCGCAAUUGGGACACAUGAGGUAGCAUCCUUGCACCUGGAGCUCUGCAAGCUUAGCAGGGCGCAUUUAGAGAACGAUUAUCAGUACUUCGAAAGCAUACUGAACCUGACUGCCGCCCACGGCAUCACAAGGAAGAAAUGGAUGCAGCACAUUAAGCCGCUGGGUAAACUUACAGACAAGUCAAUUCUGUACACUAACCUUUACUUCGUUUCGUCCGCACUGGAGCUGCUUACUCAGAAUAGUACCACCGUGCAAGUUAUGCGCUACAUGGGUUACAUGAUCGCCAAUCAAUUUGCUGCCACCGAUAGCAGAGUACAAGCGGCGCGUGAUAACCAUCCCUUCCUCAUAUUGUCGCCUCCUCGAUUGAAGAGAACCAUGCCGACACCGUGCAUGCACGAGGUGACAGUUCACUUCCUCAAUGCUUUCAACAUGUUUUCUCUAAUCGCCAGCAACCCGAACCGCACAACGAACGAAGAUAUUGUCCGCUUGAUCCACACGAUUAUGGCUGCAACGCACGAGAGGGUCCGAGCCAGCACGUGGAUGGACGAGGACUCCAAAGCGAGGACCUUGAAGAAACUAAAGAAGGCAACCGUGGUUGGCCCUGUCGCUGCCAUGUACGCGAUUGCCUUGAAUGUGUACGAGCGGUACGAAAAUCUGCAUGACUUAACGGACGACUACUACGACAAUCUCCUCAAGAUAAAGCAAAACGACGCUACUUUCCAGCUUAGCGGCAGAAAACGGUCUUCUGAACACACCCUACUACGCGGAAAGUCUUCCUUUGCCCGUCAAGUACGGUGGUAUCGGCACGUGGAUUGCUAAAGCCAUUGC